AUGGGGGGAUCUCUUACUCUGGUCCUAAGGCUCCGAGCUGGUGCAGAGGUCACCGCUGGACUAUCAGGACUAGUGGACAUGAUUGACACCUUUGACCGUCCUGGUAGGGCCUUUGCUUGUGACACCUAUGCAGGUACAUCUACAUAUGCUCAUGGACUGGAGAACAAAACUGGAAAGCGCAUUCCCAAAGCAGGAAUAUGUGCUGAGGCCGGAGUGGGCCGCGCUAAAGCUGAAUGGAGCAUCUGUGAGGCUGAGGCUAAAGGCCCAAACGCCGCAGCAGGUCUGGGAGCGUCCGCAGGGACGCUGAGUGCUUCAGCGUUUGCCAGAGCGGAGGUGGCCAGUGCCUCGGCCUCUGCCGGGCCAGUGACAGCUAAAGUGGGUCUGUCAGUCGACACGGGGGCAGAGAUCGGUCUGACGGGCGUGGAGGCUAAGGUGCUGGGAACCGGCUUUUCCUUUGGUCGCAAGAUGGGCGUCUCGCUGUUUGGCAACGAAUUCAGUUUCAAGCUGUGGUAG